AUGGCUUUAUCUCCUGGAGAUCCACACUCCUUUUCAAAACCAGAAUUUGCACGUGUAACUAACAUUCAUUUAGAACUAUAUGUAGACUUUCAUCGAUGAGUUCUUAAAGGAAAAGCGAUUUUGACUAUUGAAAAAUGUAAAAUUCAAAUUGAAUAUGAAACAAGUCCAGACUCACCUACGUUAUAUUGGCUAACACCUGCACAAAUUGCCGAUGAUACACAUCCUUUCCUAUUGUCUAACAACAAGUUAACAUUCGCUAGAGCAGUAUUUUCCUGCCAAGAUACAUCAUCUGUCAAAUUUUCGUACACUGCUACGAUUACAGUGCCAAAAGAUUUUACAGCUAUAAUGUCUGCACUUUGGCAAAAUGUAAUUAAAGAUUCGGAGUUAAACCUAUAUAAUUUUCUGCAAGCGAAACAAGUAGCGUCUUACGCAGUAAUUAUUGCUGUAGAUUCACUACAGAAAAAACAUCUUAGUAUAAGAAGCAAUGUGUUUGCUGAGAAGAAAUUUAUUAAUGAAGCUGUCAAUACAUAUAUUUCUAUCAGUUCACUCUCUCUAAGUAUCGCACAGAGCUGGGCAGGACAUUUAGUUACGUGUGCAAAUUAUAAUCAUUUGUGGCUAAAUAAAAGUAUCAGCAUGUUUGUUAGCAGGAAAAUCAUUUACUUCAUUAGACAUGUACCCUACGAACUAGGAAGUAUAUUUUUAAAUAACCUAGAGAAUAUCGUAGGAGGAUCUUUAGUAUUCGAAGAAUUUCUUAAAUCUUAUUUUUUUAAUUUCGAAUAUAAAAGUAUAAAGACGGAUGAUUGAAAGGAGUAUUUUUAUAAUUGCUUUGCUGAAGUAAUGAAUAUAAAGUUAUGUAUUAAUUGGAACUUAUGGUUCUAUAAUACUCCUCGUAAACAUAAAAAUAUAGAUCAUGAAACCACAUGGGAAAUAGAGUGUUUGAAAUUAGCAGAAACAUGGGCCAGAUGGGAUGAUGAUAUUGAUGAUGAACUUUCUUUUAUAUCUAUUUUAUAUAAAAAAAAAGACUUUUGUGAUAUUGAAGAAAUAAUGAGGCUACAUUUUGUAGUAACGGACAGCUUAAUAGACACAACUGCCAUUAUUGAUCAGAUGUUAAUCCCCACUGAGAACGUUGAUAGACACAGUUACUUAUCGUUGCUAAGAGAUCACUUACCAGGCUUAUUAGAAGAUGUUGACUUAGCAACAAGAGCAAAAAUGUGGCUUCAACAAGAUGGUGCUGCACCGCAUUAUGCACUCAUUGUACGUGCCUUUUUAAAUGCCACUUAUAAUGACAGAUGGAUUGGACGAAGGGGUCCAGUUGAAUGGCCUCCUUGA